UUUUGUGUUUAAUUUCUCAAUAAGCCGAAGAACAAGAACAGGCUUUGAACCGAAAGAGGCAUCGCCAUGAAAUCUCCAAAGCCACCGAAUCUUCCUCAGGGAUCUCAAAAAUCCUACUUCUAUGGACAUCGUAAGCCCUCUCGGAAUCGCUCCGUCGUCUAUGGAGGUCUCUUCUCCAACCGCCAAUCCCUUUCCAGAGAUCCUUCUUCCACCUCCGGUGAUCGGAAAACGUUCGACUUCCGGAAAUGGGACCCAGAAUCUCGUCUUCCUCCGGCGAUAACUCCCCCUUCCCCGGUGAUCUCUGCCGCCUCCGAACGCCUCUCUCCGAUCGCACGUUACAUACUUGACGCCUUUCGUAAGAACCAUGACCAGUGGGGGCCCUCCGUCGUGGCGGAGCUCAACAAACUCCGGCGCGUGACGCCAAACAUCGUCGCCGAGGUGUUGAAGAUCGAGAAACACCCUGCGACUGCUGCCAAGUUCUUCCAUUGGGCAGGUAAGCAGAAGGGUUAUAGGCACGAUUUCGCGGCUUACAAUGCCUUUGCUUAUUGCCUUAAUCGGACAGGGCAUUUUCGUGCGGCGGAUCAGUUGCCGGAACUUAUGGAUUCUCAGGGAAGACCUCCGUCAGAGAAGCAAUUCGAAAUUCUGAUCAGAAUGCAUGCGGAUAAAAAGAGGGGUUUAAGGGUUUACUACAUUUACGAGAAGAUGAAGAAGUUUGGAGUUAAGCCUAGGGUUUUCCUGUACAAUAGAAUAAUGGAUGCAUUGAUCAAAUCUGGGAACUUGGACUUAGCAUUGUCCGUUUAUGAGGAUUUUCGGGAAGAUGGGUUGGUGGAGGAAAGUACUACCUUCAUGAUUCUGAUAAAGGGGUUAUGCAAGGCAGGGAGAAUGGAAGAAAUGCUUGAAAUUCUGACGAGAAUGAGAAAGAAUUUGUGUAAACCUGAUGUUUUUGCUUACACAGCGAUGAUCAGGACAUUGGUUUCUGAGGGGGAUAUGGAUGCGAGUUUACGAAUUUGGGAUGAAAUGGAACACGAUGGGAUAGAACCGGACGUAAUGGCUUAUGGAACAUUAGUUAUGGGUUUGUGUAAAGGGGGUAGGGUCGAGAGAGGCUAUGAAUUGUUUAUGGAGAUGAAGGAUAAGAAGAUUUUGAUUGAUAGGGAAAUUUACAAGGUUCUGAUCAAUGGAUUUGUAGUUGAUGGGAAGGUUGGGUCUGCUUGUGAUUUAUGGAAGGAUUUGGUGGAUUCCGGGUACAUUGCUGAUUUAGAGAUAUACAAUUCAGUUAUUAGAGGCUUAUGUAAUGUGAAGCAAGUGGAUAAAGCAUAUAAGCUCUUCCAAGUUGCAGUACAGGAAGAACUGGAACCAGAUUUGGAGACCAUAAAUCCAAUUAUGGUUGCCUAUGUGGUGAUGAAGAGAGUUGAUGACUUUUGUGAUUUGCUAGAACAGAUUCAGAAAUUAGGAUAUCCUACUGAAGAAUAUCUGCCGCAGUUUUUCAUGUUGUUCUGUAAGGAACGAGAAAGAAUAAAAAUGGCUUUAGAUCUCUUUGAUGUACUAAAGACUAAAGGUCACAGCAGAGCUCCCGUAUUCAACAUUCUUAUGGAUGCUCUUUACAAGAUGGGGGAUAUUCAAAAAUCCUUGUCACUUUUCUUUGAGAUGAAAGAUUUUGGGUUUCAACCUGACGCAACAUCCUACAGUAUCGCGAUUUGCUGUUUUGUGGAGAAAGAGGAAAUCCAAGAGGCUUGUUCAUGCCAUAACAAGAUCAUUGAGAUGCCACAUUUUCCUUCUGUAGCUGCUUAUUCUUCUCUUGCUAGAGGACUAUGCAGAAUAGGAGAGAUUGAUGCUGUGAUGAUGUUAGUUCGUGAAUGCCUGGGAAAUCACGAAAGUGGUCCUAUGGAAUUUAAAUAUGUGCUGAGGGCUGUCCACGCAUGCAGAGCCAGUAAUGCCGAGAAUGUUAUGGAUGUGCUGGACGAAAUGAUCCAAGAAGGUUGCCUUCCUAGUGAAGUUAUAUAUUGUGCUAUUAUCUCUGGCAUGUGUAAGCAUGGAACGAUCCAAGCAGGAAGGGAAGUCUUCACUGAGCUAAAAAGUCGUAAACUUUUAACAGAGGCUGAUAUGAUUGUCUAUGAUGAAAUGUUAAUUGAGCAUAUGCAGAAGAAGACUGCCGAUUUAGUGCUGGCUGGACUAAAGUUUUUUGGUCUCGAGUCAAAACUCAAAGCAAAGGGCUGCAGGCUGCUUGAUAACUGAAACCCGAGACUGAAAAAAUCUCUGUCCUUUGCACGAGGAUGGAAGUUGAGAAGAUCUACUUCCCAGAGGCUCGCAGCUGGACUUUCAUGGAUUUUUAAACCGAUGAGAUCGAACAUGAAGAAUCCAAGACCUCCAUGAGCAAUGCAUUGUGGUUUAAAAUUUUAAGCCCAUGGUGUCAAAGUUCAGGAGCUUUCAUGCAGUUUUCACCGUGGUCUACGCUAACUUGCGCCUGAGGACAUUCCAAAGGGUAGAAACAUGGGAGGCAGUGAAAAUAAAAGUUUUGUUCAUUCUUUAUAUUUUGUCUUGUAUAAUUACACUUUUAAACAAUGUGUUCUUGUACAUCAUAUCUUAAAAAACAAUGUUUACUAGUAGAACAGGAAA